AUGAUGAACAGAUUGUUCAAUAAAACAACAAAUGAUAGUAAUAAACUAAACGAUUCGCUGUUUGAUCGGUUCAAGCGAUGGUUCGGUCUUAUUAAACGAUGGAGACACACAUCAAUACCACAAGGUCAAUUAUUGCUUAAUCUCAAGUCGACAAAUACAAACGGAAUUAUGUGCGUUAGCGAUAUUCCAUUUAUUAUUCCGAGACAAAUCGACGAUAUACGAAAGCAGCCACGAGCUGGUUUUGAGCGGGCAAGACUACGUAUCCUUCGAAUGGACGAAUAUCUCGUCUCGUCGGAAGAGAAAUCCAAAGCUCGGCAACGUCGAGAACGAGACACAUCGCUUGGAAUACGGGCAUUGGCUGAAGCAGCAUAUACAAUGCAAAAGAUCGCCUUUCGAGAAGUGUUAAGCACGGAUGAAACGCUGCCCAUUAUCGGAAAGAAACUGCUCGAAGAUGACGAGGAAGAUGAAGACGAGGAUGAACAUUCAUCUGUAGAUAAAUACCUCCGUCAAACAGGAAAAAUCGAUCCGAUCACAGAUUUUCACGAAGUUCAAGAUCUUGUUGAAUUCGACCGUGCACUCGCUAAACAUCGACUCGAAAUCGGACAUAAACCAACAAACAAACCGUCGGAUAUGAUCUAUUUGAAAUUUUGUCUCAUGUUAGAGAUUCAACGUGAUGAAUACGAAAGUUGCUUACGAAUUAUCCUCCAUGAUAUUAUCUUCAAAUAUCAUCUAUCGGAUUUUCGCUUACGUUGUGAAAUGCACAUUCGGAAACCCGUUGAACAUGAUUUCGUCUUAGAAAAAGUGGUUCAUGAUUCACAUCUACAAGAAAACUAUUCGGUCGAGUUCGUUCUCUGGUCAGGCGAUUGGAUUGUUCAACAAGAAGUCGAAUUAUACAUUGUCAUGAAAAUCGAACCGGUACCGGCGAAUAAAUUUUUAAAAGUGAAAUUUUGGGAUAUGGCGCACUUACAUGUCAGAAAUAUUCCGCAUGGAUCGUCGAGGGUUUUCUUACGAGAACUAACACCGGUUAGUCGACCGCAUAAAAUCCUUUCACGGCAUAUUCAUAUCGGUCAAGUAGAGAUUGAAGGAGCAUAUUGGUCGGCUACCCAACAAAUAUCUAUACAUAUUAUCAAAGUUAGUCACUCGCAAGUCGAACGGUUAUUACGUGCCCCGGAAAUAUUUGUUGAACUGAUUUUUCAAGGACCAUUCGAUAUUUAUGAUAUCAAACGUACGAAAGUGGCCGAUCGUUCAUUAACUCCGAAAUUCGAUGAAGAAUUCUUCUUUCAAAUUCCGCCGAAGGUCGCUGUUAGUGAUAUCACCGUUGAUUUGAUUUUUCUCGAGCGAUCUUCAUUGCAUCUUCAUCCGAUCGUGCACGGAACUUUGACACUAUCAAAACAUACAGAUUGGUUUCCCGUGCGAAAGUUCUGGACUGAUAUCGAAGAGAAUCCGAAUAAUAUGAAUGUAACUGAAUCAGAAAUUACAACUAAACAUCGCGAAUCAUCUCCUGCUUUGAAUGUUUACUUGCGCAUACGUCCGUUCAUCGGGAAUGAACUCGAACGUGGUGAAAGUCAAAAAUUAAUAGAUAUUCUUGAUGAUAAACACAUCGCUGUUCGAUUACCACCAACUAUUAACAACACUCUUCGUGUUUUACCAACAUCAUACAACGAAUACGAAGUCACUCGAAUCUUCGAUCAAGAAUGUACACAGCAAGAACUCUUCGAACAAAUCCUUCAACAACCAACCGAUGAGAUUUUCACCGGUUCGAAUUGGCUUCUAUGCACAUUGGGUCUGACGAAUAGUGGUAAAACUCAUACAAUGUUCGGUACGAAUGAUGACCCAGGUCUGAUUCCUCAAUGUCUUCAACGUAUAUUUCGGAAUGUGGGUUCGAAUAUUGAUGAUAACGUUGUGUUCAAACCCAUCGGUCUAGAAAAUAUGAUUCCGACGAUUGAUUGCGAUCUGAACAUGGAAGUCGCUGUUCGAAAUUAUAUCUUCAAAGACGAUAAGAGCCGACUGCGAUUACCGACCAUAAUCCAACGACAAAAUCAAGUAGAAGACCUGUCCGUUGAAGAUGAACGUUAUUCCAUUUGGAUAUCCUUCUUUGAAUUAUACAAUGAAAAUAUUCUUGAUUUACUUGUCCAACCGAAAGAUAUGAAGACGCGAAAGAAUCUUCGUCUGAUGCAAAAUGAUCAUUCGACGAUUAUUAAAAAUCUUAUUCAAAUUCCUGUUUUUGAUCUCAAAGAAGCGGAAAAUAUCAUUCGAUUUGGCUUUGCUAAUCGAUCAACAUCGAAAACAAAUCUCAACGAGGCCUCAUCACGUUCGCACGCGAUUCUCUGCAUCACUCUCAUCUCAAUCAAUGAAUUUGACGAAGAACCAACCAUGAGUCACAUGUAUGUUUGUGAUUUGGCUGGAAACGAACCAUCGAAUAGCGGCAUUGGGAAACAACUGACAGAAACUUGUAAUAUCAAUACAUCGUUGAUGACAUUCAAGGAUUGUAUUCGGGUAUUAAAUGAGAAUCAAACAUCGAAAAAACAAAUGCUUGUGCCGUAUCGGAAUAGCGUCCUGACGAGUAUUUUCCGACCGUUCUUUAUUGGCCGUGGCCGAACGAUCAUCUGUUGUAAUAUCAAUCCCUGUGCAACGUUUAUUACACAAACAAAUGAUCUAAUGAAGUUUUCUGCGCUUGCACAAAAGACGAUCAUUGUUCCCAAUGAAGCAAAGAUUGCUAAUAGUGCAGUCAUACGACAUCAACGAAAGUCGAAAAACAAAGGUCCAAAACGUCUGGGAAGACAUAGUGUGUCCAAAGAAAAGAAUAUGAGUCGAUUUGAUCAAACAGAAAGUAUGAAUGAAUCUAUAAAUGAAAAAUCAAUUUCAUACUGGAAAUUUUGUGCGAAGAAAGCGCUGGAUAUCCUACAAAAGCAAGCAUCCAAUCGCCGAAAUUUCUUGAUCGAACGACAUCAAGAGCGAAUUCAAAUGGUCGAGUAUCUUCUCAAUCAGCGCGAGCAGAUCGAGAUUUUAACUGAUGAUAAGCAAUCUUUGACAAAGCAAAAUGAAAUUCUCUCGAAAAAUCUUCGUCUCGAGCAAGAUAAACAACUUCGUAUGCAGCAACAAUAUAACGCUCUUGUGUUAAACGAAAGUCAGCAUCGUCAGAAAUUGCUCAACAUUGAAAAAGACCGUCACGAGCAAAAUCGACUUCAUCAAGAAGAAGUUCAAUCGCUACGAAAGCAAUUGAAAGUUGUUCAAGAACAAUUCGAACACUUAACUGAUGAACAUACGAAAAAGUUGCAAGAAAUCGAACAAACGAAACAGAACGAACAGGAGCGCGAACAAUACCUUCAUGAUGAAAUUCAGCGAUUAAAGCGAGAUCUUGGCUUAGAACUCUACCGUAAACAAGAUGCGGAGAAGAAAGCACGAAUGUUCGAAGAUAAAUUUCAUCACGAACAAACAGAAUAUCAAAAGAUGCAAUACGAUUUUACGAAAAUCAAACAUGAACUGAAAACUAUUCAAGUGAAGUAUGAUGCAUUGCAACAGGAAAUGAUUGACAUGCAUCAAAAUACAAAAACCAAAACACCUGAUGUGGUUCAGAUAUUUGUUGAUAGAACAUCAACGAUAACGAUGGCGGAGGAAGUUGAACCACCGAAAACAAGUGUGCGAUCCAAACGACGCACAAAUGAUGAAAAUGAAAAUGAACAAGAGAUCAAAAAGCCCAAACUGAUAACUCGUAGCUCGUCUAAUGCGAGCACAUAUGCGACUCCGAGACUUUGUCAACCUGUGGAUGAGCCUGAUAACAACAAACGACCAAAAGUAGUCAUACGCAACGAAUCAGCUGUUUCAACUAAACAGACGAAAACAAAAGCACAAAAUCCAAAAAGCGAAUCUCAAGCUAAGCCAAAAACAACUGGUACACGUAAUCGAACUAAAAAGGAAAACAAAGAAUCUUUUCCAGAGCCUGCACUUGCUUCCGUGCCGAUCCAACAUGAAUCACAUUCUCCGAUCUAUGCUACUAUUCAACGGGAUCGCUCACUCGAUAGAGCAUCAUUUACGACCGUUGCUGUUGAUUUAUCAACAGUACAACCAGCACCGCCCAACGAUGCGCCCAAUGCCACGCCAAAAACAUCUACAUUCAAACGUAUCCAAUCGUUUUUUCGAGCAACACCAACUUCCACAAGUUCGACGAGAACAAAUCGUGUUAUGCAAAUCAAGAGUACUGUUGUUGCCUUUGGCUCAUCCACACCAACUAAUCGUCUACCACCAUCCAUAGUCAAAACACCUGGUCCAACAGUGGUUCCAACUGCCACUCCAUCAAUGGCUCAAAAGGCGUCGACGCCUAAAUCGAAAUACAAUCUUCGCACUCGUCUCUUCAACAAUCCAAUCGUCAAAGACACCGUUGAAAAAAAAACUCAGAUUACAAAGAAACCUUCACGAGCACGCAAAUGA